UCGUACGUGCAUAACCGGCACGAAUUGUCGUCGUGACGUUGAAACGCGUGGCUGUGCGAUUUUGCAGUUGUCAAGAAGGUGCAAGGAAAUCUUGUUAAAUACAACAAUCAAGGGGAAAAUGUGGGCUGGACAGGACGAUACACAGCGCUUCAAAACCAGGGUGUUGAAACCACCUGGUGGCGGAAGCAGCGACAUAUUCGGCGCUGCGCCCGAAGAGACUAGCCCUCGCCGCGUGAAGAACCACAACCAAUCACAGCUGGGCUCGGCGUUGUUCGGAGAAACACCGAACAGCAACAGCAACAGCAACGAAACGCCGCGUAACAAGCCCGGUAAUGAUUCAUACAAUCGCCUGUUUGGCCCUCCCGAUGCCCCACCCACCACCCCAAACGCGAAAAAUCACAUGCGCAGCAAUAUCUCCCUCAGCGGGGAGUCGACGUCCUCAUCAAUGUCGUCCGGCGCCGCGACGUCGCCCGCGAAGAGCACCGCCAGCUCGGACUCGAUCGCGGGCGUUCUCAACGGCUACGUCGCCAGCAAUGGCAACAAUCUUAUCAACGAUGUCACAGCUUUUAGGAGAAUCAAACGAUUUCGUGGAUCGUCCUGCUUAACGCGCAACCCGGUCACCGGAGACGGAGUUGACGUGACGCCUAUGAGGCGCAGCGCACGAAGGUGUCGAGAUGGUAACCCGGUAACCGGAACUGGCUACGCAGAGACACAGAACAACCACGGGCCAGCCGUGCAAAACGGAACGUCCAGCUCGAAUUCUAGCGAGAAAUCGAACGACACGUCGCCAGCGGCGAAGCUUCCGGCUCGUGCACGCGUGCCACCCGGCGGAUACUCAUCCGGAUUGUGGUAAAAAGCCCUUGGACAACCGCUGAUCGGCAUCCUUCUUUUUGGUUCGCCGCCGUUAACCCUUCCAGUGCUGGAACAUCCAAGGAAAAAAAAACGAAAAGAAAAAAAAAACACGAAAAAUACCCUG